AUGAAGAUUCUGUCCCUGCCAUAUCUCACAUACAGCGGAUUAGCCGAAGGUCUUUCUUCAAACGAAAACACUCAAGACAUACAUCUAGAUGUACAUACAAAUCAAGAUCAAGAAGAAGUCAUUGCGAUAUUGGAUCGACUUGGAAUCAAUUUAGAUGAUAGUGGUGGUGAUGACGAUGACGAUGACGAUGACGAUGACGAUGAUGACGAUGGUAGUGCCACUGCCAUACCUUCAAGUAGAGCGCCAUCUCUUCGCCCCAGCUUGUGCACAAUCAAUAUUUUUAUCAACAAAAGCGUGGUGUCUUUUGAUUCAGAAUCGACAGGAGCAACAUUGAAUGUCGGGGCGAAUGAAGGGGUCGGCUUUGGAUACUAA